UAAAGAAGUUUGGACCACUUCGGCACCACUCGCUCCAAUAUGGCUGUCCCCGGGAGAAGGCGAGAGCUAUUGUGAAAGCCCAAACCCUAAAUCCCUCUUCGGAUGGAUCGUAGCGCAGAGUUCAGGAGAUGGAAGGCACAGUGUCUGAGCAAAGCGGACCUCAGCCUCAAGGGCAGUGUGGAUGAGGAUGUGGCUGAGAUUGUGCAGCUCCUGAAUGGGCAAGAACAGUUUUUUACCACCAGCUCCUGCUCUGGCCGUAUCAUCCUCCUAGACGGGAGUAUAAAUGGCUUUGAGGUUCAGAAACAAAACUGUCGCUGGCUACUAGUUACACACAAACCUUGUAUAAAAGAUAAUGUGAUUGUAGCUCUGAGAAACGCGAAUGGUGAUGCUGUUUUGAAAUUUGAACCCCUUGUUCUUCAUGUACAGUGUCGACAGUUGCAAGAUGCACAGAUUCUGCAUUCAGUGGCAAUAGAUUCUGGUUUCAGGAACUCUGGCAUAACAGUGGGAAAAAGAGGAAAGACUAUGUUGGCUGUCAGGAGCACACAUGGCCUAGAAGUGCCAUUAAGCCAUGAAGGAAAACUGAUGGUGACAGAGGAUUAUAUCGACUUCCUACUGAAGAUAGCAAAUCAAAAAAUGGAGGAAAACAGGAAGAGAAUUGAAAGGUUUUACAGUUGCUUACAACAUGCUUUGGAAAGACAAACUAUUACUAAGUCCUAUCCCAAAGAGAAAGUCAACAAGAAAAUUAAUGCAUAUUCUCCUAAGAAAAAAAGAAACCAAGGAAAAGCACAUGACGGAUGUAUUGCUGAAGAAAAUGAUAAAGAACUUGAAAACAAUGACAGUCCAGGCAUCAGUGCUGCUGUCUUCCCAGAAGAUGAUGAAGACCUGGUUCUCACGUGUCUUUGGUAGAAUAAUGUUCCCAGUAAUUAUUAUAAAACUGCUCUUUAUAAGAGUAUUUUAGUUUAUUCAGUGUAUCAGACAUUCAGAAAAGCAAGAUUUAAUUUUCCUCUUUUUUUAGAGACACUCAUCUUAUAAACAUAGAUACAUUUUUUAAAAUAACUGUGUAUAAUGCUUGUUUAUUAAGUACCAUCUAUUGAAUCACAGAAAUUCAUUACAAAAAUAAAAUUCUGAUUUUU